AGCCAGAGAGUCGAAAGCACGCUCGUGGUGCGAAGCUCUCUUGGUUUCUCUCCGUGAACGCGUUAGGUGUACGAGUUAGGUGUUAAAAUCAUUUCACACGUUUUUUUAUCUCCAUGCUACUGACAAAUCCCAUAGUAACCCAUUAAAAAUCUAUCUUCCUUUUGUCCAUUCGUCCAUCUCUCCUUUCGAGUGCUCAAAACGUCGGCUCCGAGGAGUGCCGAGUAGUAAAUCGAGAUACCAUCCAGUUCUUCGUGUUUCAACGACGAACAUUUUUCUUGAUUUCUUUUUUUUAUUUCUUUUUUUUUAUUUUCAGAGGAAUGUCUUAUACCUAGCGCGUUUCGUAAAACAUCAAAACUUUGGAUUUAUCAAGAAUAUUUAAUGUAAUUUUAAUCGGUGACACCAUAAGAAAAAAAAAAGAAAAAAAUAAUCUAAUGGUCAUUGUGAAAGUUUGUCGUGAAUGAGGGUCGAUAAGGCGAACGUAUCGCACAGGAUUUCUAAAAGGAAUUUUGGAAAUUUGGAAAUGCGAGCAAAACAUUAACAAGGAUCCUCGAUGUCGAACGGGGGUUUGAUUCGUGUUGGUCAGUGAUAUGCAGCCAUUGAUGCAACAACCAUUGAUGCAUCGAUGCUGACUUAUUCGACGUGUACGGUGCUCCAACGGAUUAUUCGACACGGAUGACAGUAGGACGUUCGUGAUACUGUCGAUCUUUUUGUCUCGGAGACUGAAGAUAGGGUGGGAAAGGUAAAAAAAAAUAAAAAUACAAAGAAGUGGGUGGACUACUGCGAAGGGUUGAAAAUUUAGCAGUGAUGCCGUGAUGGGCUGCAGUUCGAGAUCGUUCGUCUUGACCACGCUCCUCGUGGGUGGAUUACUUCUGGUCCUGCUUUUCACUGAGAUAUCUGGUGCAACCCGUCUUAGACAACGGGCGGGCACCACGGAUUCUCCAAGAACCGGUUCUGGAAACGGUGCAAUUGUUUACGCGUUUCGCGGUGGAAGACAGGAAAGUGGUCGACGAGCACGAAGGACUACAACGUCAACUACAACGACGACUAGUACAACGAAAAGUACGACGACAUCGUCGUCUACAUUGAUAUCAUUCGGAGAAGACGUUGUGCAACCUGCAGCACUAUUGGCUCCGGAAGAAGAGGCAUGGUCGGUUAGUUCCUCGACGACGAACAAUCCUACGUUUUCAUUUUCUUCAAGCGGUGUGUCCACCUCCUUAGACGAGAGUACCAUCUCGACUAGACCACCCUUGGAACUCGUCGUCAAACCACAUACCAAGGUUAUAUUGCCUUGCGAACUCGAAGGGAAUUAUUCUAGGCUCCUUUUGUCAGGAUCAAGAAGUUACAGAAUACAUGGGAAUCCAGCUGCUUGGCUUCACGAAGGAAAUCCGGUGGACAUGCUCACGAUAGACACGAGAACGGAAAUGAGCGGAACUGGUCAUAGAUACAUCAGUGAUUCUACUACCGAUGCUUUACACAUAGAUAACGUCAGAUUGGAGGAUGAUGGAACGUGGGGAUGCACGUUCGAGUACGAUCGAGGAAAAUUUCUUUCUGGGAGACCGGUCAAGCUUGUCGUUCUCGAAGCACCUCGGGGGACGUACCUGCUAAUAGAUAGACGCAGACUCGAUCCAGGAAACCAGUUCGUGCCUGUUAAGGAAGGUUCAGAACUGACGCUGGAAUGCGCUGCCGAGGGUGGAAACCCGCCACCGGUUUUGGCAUGGGGCAUGAUGCUAUCCCAAGCCACUUUGGAUGGUCCCGAACAACCACCGGAUAACCUCACUGUCUUACCUUCGACGUCCGCCAGACACAGUGGAGCUCACCUUAAAGUCUACAGGGGUCAUCAUAACGCCACCAUCGUUUGCGUCGCUCGUCACAUAACUCUAUCUCUGCCGAUGAACGCAAGCAUAUUGUUGGAUGUUCAAUAUACUCCAUCGUUCGCGAUAACGCGUUUACCUGGAUUUGGAAUUCCCAUCGUCGAGGGAAUGUCUGUCAGCCUAAAAUGCGAGGUGGACAGCAAUCCUGUGAGCACCCCGAUAUGGCAGCGAGACAAUGGACUACUUCCCGUCGAGCAGAGCGAUGACGGAUGGUUGAACUUUACAAAAAUCACUCGUGCCGAGAGCGGCUGGUACAAAUGUUAUACUCGACACAUGCUCGGGAUUUUCACCAGCAUCGGUUAUUUCCUCAACGUUCGCUAUGAUUCAGAUAUCGAGACCGAAGCAGAGGCACUGAACGGGGAAGCUACCGAUUCGAGGAGGAAGGAGGUGCAGAUCGGUGGUGCUGUGACUCUCGAAUGUGACGGUGGAUGCUGGGGUCACGGACCUGGAAUGGAUCCAGUGGGUGGACCAGGACGUCUUUUCUUAAACCGAGUCGUCUACCAAGAAGCAGGAGAGUACAGAUGCGUUGCUCCUGAUCGAAAAAUGCAGGACACGUGGCGAGCUCAGUUACCCUAUCACAUUAAGGUUACCGGACAUCCCACGGCUUAUCCACCAAAUCAAACAGUAACGGCUAACGAGGGUGAACCCUUGGAUGUCAUUGUACAGUUUUGUGCAGAACCCAGUUACACCCGAGUCUAUUGGAUUUCCGAGCAGCAAGUUUACGUACCUGGUGCUCCCUCUCGGGAUGGAAUACAAGCACUUGCCAUCGAGAACGAUAGUAUCGAUACGUGCUACAGAGCGAUUCUACGCUUCGAAACGAUUCAGUGGUCCCAUGCAGGAGAAUGGUUGCUGUUGGUACGUUCGCCGGAAGGGAUCGCGGACGCUUCCGUUUUACUCAACGUGACGCGUGCUUCCGGAUACAGCCACGCCCACUUCCGUUCGAUGGCUCCAGCGACUUUUCUUCUCUGUCUAACCUUGGCCAUUAUACAACAACAGCAACAACAUCUACGCUGAACCAUACCAUCUUAUUCUUCUUUGGAAAAAGUUUCGAGGGGGAUGAAACUGGUAAAGGUGGUGGUGGUGGUGAUGGUGGUGGUGGUGGUGAUGGUGGUGGUGGUGGUGGUGCUGGUUGAUGGGUGGAUGGAAGAAGAGACCUUCUUCAAUACCGAGGGGUGCCUACUACAGGGCUAGAGGAAGAGAAAACGUUCGAACUUUCCAAGUAAACUUUGUAAAUAAAUAUAAAAGUUCGCGCGAAAACCGAAAUCGAUCCAAGAUCGAAUAUCGGACCCCUCCUCAAUCGCAAAAGUCCUAAGAAAACUACGACGAUAAUAACACAUUUUAUCCUACCCUAAUCGACGAAACCCUUUGCGAACGAUUUUACGGACCACCAUCGUUUUUCCGAUAAGAAGUAGGAAAGGUAUCCUGAGGGAAGACACGGUUUUUCUUUCUUCCAGUGGUAUCAACUAGCAUUUAACGAAACAAUAUAUAUAUAUAUAAUGUAUGUACGUGAGUAUGAAGAAAGUGCGUGUAAUUCUUAUUACACGUGUAUGUAAUAUAUACUUAACGAUAACAUUGAUAAUACAGAAUAUAUUAUUAUUAUUGAACGAUAUGUGUUACAUAUUGAGUAACAAUGACGUAUUACAUGGAUUAAGAUAUGUUAUGAAGAAACCGUGGUCAAUUGGCCGAUGUCAAAUUUCGUCGUUUACAUUUGAAA